UGACGUCAUCAGCAGCGCGCGCUCCUGUGUCAUCUGAGGCGAGUCGAGAUCUGCACGUUCUCAUACACUGAAGCUCCUCCCCCUUUUAUGAAGCUCCUCCUCCUUUUAUGAAGCUCCUCCUCCUUCAGUUCAGCUAUAAAUACUGGAGUAUUCCCAUCAGUCUACAAGUGGAGACGAGCAUCAGAGCAUCGGGAAGAAGUGAAAUCUGAAAGACAGAGAGAAGAUGAGUGAUCCAGAACCCUGCAGAAUUAAAGAGGAAGAGACGGAAGAACAAAUAGAACUGAUGAUGGAGAACGAGGAGAAACUUCAUGUCAGGAAAUCUUUCAUCUGCACUCAGUGUGGAAGGAGUUUCACAUCCAAACGGAAUCUCCAGUUUCACACCAUGAUCCACACUGGAGAGAAGCCAUUCACGUGUCCUCAGUGUGGGAAGAGUUUCAGAAAGUCAUCACAUCUUAAUGAACACAUCAUGAUCCACACUGGAGAGAAAACGCACAAGUGUGAUCAAUGCGGCAAAGCAUUUUUAAUGGCUUCAAAGCUGAAGAACCAUCUUAGUCUUCAUACAAACGACAGGCCUUAUUUAUGUACCGUGUGUGGAAAGAGUUUUACUCAUCAAAAUAUUUUAAGAAAACAUCAGAAGAUCCACACUGGAGUGAAGGAGUUUGUGUGCUUUGAGUGCGAGAAGACUUUUUUUAGAGUUGCAGACUUGAAGCGGCACCAGAGGAUUCACAGUGGAGAGAAACCGUACGAGUGUUCACACUGCCAAAUGAGAUUCAAUCGUUCAGAAUCCAUGAAAUCCCACCAGAGGACUCACACUGGGGAGAAACCCUUCAAGUGUUCACACUGCAACCAAAGAUUCAUCCAGUUGGGAUAUCUGAAAACACAUGAGAUGACUCACACCGGAGAGAAACCGUACAAGUGUUCGCACUGCGACAACAGAUUCAUCCAGGUAGGCCAUCUGAGAAGACACGAGAGGAUUCACACUGGGGAGAAACCGUACAUGUGUUCGCACUGCGACAACAGAUUCACUUCAUCAGCAGAUCUGAAAAGGCAUGAGAGGAUCCACACCGGAGAGAAACCUUACAUGUGUUCCCACUGCGACAAGAGAUUCCGGCAUUUAGAAAGCCUUAAAAGACACAACAGAAUUCACACUGGAAAGAACCUAACAAGUGUUCAUACUGAGACAACAGAUUCAAUCAUUUAGGAACAGACAUGAGAGGAAUUGCACUGGAGAGAAACUACUUAGUUGGUAUUACAGUAAACACCCACAUUAAACGGCAUAUGACGUGGGGUAGAAGCCUGCAUCGCAGAUGGUCAUCUGCGGGAACCAAUGGAUCCGACCAGGCUUCUUGUAAAGCAGAAUUAAUUCCUUAUAGGGUGGAACUCUGGUGUAAUUUGAAUGGGAGCGGAAGAUUAAACCGUAGACUAUCCCAUUCCCAACAUCCUUUCAGAAAAGCAUAUCUGCACUACAAACUGGAUUUAUACUCUCUGGCUAUUCUAGGAUGUCCUGACUGAGAGCAUACAGCCGUGAGUUGUGGAAGCUUUUCAUUACUUGCAGAAAUGGCAAAAGUACACACAUCCUUUACGAAAGUAGAAGUACAGAUGCUCUAGUUCAAAGCAACUCUGGUAAAAGUUGAAGUACUGAUUACACUUUUGUACUUAAGUAAAGGUAAAGAAGUACGGCCUGAAAAAUUUACUUGAGUAAACAGUUCCUGUUUUAACCUUAGUCCAAAGACAUGCGAGUAUCGGCCAGCUGGUACCAAUCCAAAUCCAAAUCUUGCACAUGCGCUAUAUUCUGUGUUUAUAAGCCAACUAAGCCAUGAAGGUAGCCUAUUAUAAGGCACUAGAAAGUUAUCAUGUAGGCUGACUAUAUCCCAAAUGUUUUGAAGCCAUUCUGUAGUUUCAAGAGUUCAC